CAAUUACAUAGUGUUACUGGAUGUCUUAUUUAAACGGCUGGCCCGCUUCUUGCGGACUUCUUUUCUUUCCUCCCCGUUCCCGCACACAAGGAACCGGGAACAGUCGAAGGGACCCAGGAACGCUUUCUCCCAUCAGUUUUCACCUUGACUCGUAAAGCCACCACCAAAGAAACAGAAAACAGACUGCGGGCUUCUCAGAACGCAGAUCCCUCGAGCAUUUUCUCCUCCGUGAGCAGUCAAUCUCAGCAAGGCCAACAAGGCUCGCACCUGUAUACUUCAUCAUCGCGAAAAUGAGUCCCCCCGCACCUCUGGAUGUUGAUCUCAGAGGGGACUCCGACACCUCCUCGGUCCCCUUUCCGGAUCCCUUGACGGUUGACAGCGUCCUCCCGUUGAGGGCCAAGGCGCCUAAAAUCCCUCUCGGUGUUGCUGCGGCAUCGUCCAGUGACAUGUUUAAGAGCCCGGCUACGCAUUCCAAGCCCAAGGCCAAACGCUGGGAUCAUCGUAUUUCCCUCGAAAGUAAAUCUCGGAAGGCCUCGUCGCUCAAGGGCGCUGCUCGCUUUUUGAAGAAUCCUGAUAUGAUCUCAUUGGGUGGCGGUCUUCCUUCUCCCGAGUAUUUCCCAUUCGAGGAGCUUGACAUCAAGGUUCCCACGCCGCCUGGCUUCUCCCCGGAAGCUGUCAAAGAGUCGGGAGCCACAUUGAAGUCUACUAAAUCCGAUAUCAGGGAAGGGAAGAGUGUCUACGAUCUCGAAAUCGCUCUCAACUAUGGUCAGGCGACGGGCUCUGCUCCAUUGCUUCGCUUCGUCACAGAGCAUACGGAGAUCAUCCACAACCCGCCGUACGCAGAUUGGCAAUGUUGCUUGACUCCUGGCAGUACGCUUUCCUGGGAUAACGCCCUGCGGUUGUUCUGCGAGAGGGGCGACUAUAUUCUGAUGGAAGAAUAUACUUUUGCAAGCGCUGUCGAGACUGCGCUGCCGUUGGGAAUCAAGGCCCAACCUGUGAGAAUCGAUGAACAGGGUCUCCUCCCAGAGUCCCUGGACGAAAUCCUGACUAAUUGGGAUGAAUCGGUCAAACGUGCCCGCAAGCCUUUCCUGCUUUACACUAUCCCUACUGGCCAGAAUCCCACCGGUGCUACCCAAUCAGUCGAGCGUCGUAGAGAGGUGUACAAGGUUGCACAGAAGCACGAUGUUUACAUCAUCGAAGAUGAGCCCUACUACUUCCUGCAGAUGCAGCCGUACGCAGGAGCAGAUGGCAAGGCGGCCCCGCCACCUGCAUCCCACGAUGAAUUCAUAAAGUCCCUCGUUCCUUCGUACCUGAGCCUAGAUGUAGACGGUCGUGUCUGUCGUUUUGAGUCUUUCUCCAAGGUCGUCGCUCCUGGAACCAGAACCGGCUGGAUCGUCGCCUCGGAACAGAUCAUUGAGCGCUUUGUCAGGCAUUUUGAAACCUCUGUCCAGAACCCUAGUGGUAUCUCACAGCUUGCUCUCUAUAAGCUUCUGGAUGAACACUGGGGACACUCCGGCUAUCUGGACUGGUUGAUUAAUUUGCGUCUGCAGUACACGAAGCGCAGAGAUAUCAUGCUGAAGGCCUGCGAGAAGUUCCUUCCCCGGGAAAUUGCCAGCUGGGCUCCCCCUGCUGCAGGGAUGUUUCACUGGAUUGAAGUUGAUUGGCGCAAACACCCUAAGGCCUCCAGCGGAGCGUACGAGGCAAUUGAAGAGGAGAUAUUCCAAGCUGCGAUCGACAAGGGUGUUCUGGUCUCCCGCGGGAGCUGGUUCAACAUCAGCGAAUCGCAGGCGAAUCCAAAGAUGUUCUUCCGUGCCACCUUUGCGGCUGCUUCGGAAGAAAAGAUCCAGGAGGCUAUAUCUAGAUUCGCGGACGCUUUGCGCGCGCAGUUUUCUCUCUGAUUUCCACAAGUUUUUGUUUCUGCAAAAGGACAUCUUUUCCCGGGUGGGUGAUUGUGGGAGGCCCUCGUAUACAUAGUUGAUUGGACAUAGGAUUACUACUCCCGUACAUAGCUGCUAAAUUACAUAGACAAGCAUGUGAACUUACGCUAGGAAAGUGUUUCUUGUUUCUUUACUAUCAACAUGUAUGCCUUUUGCUGUUUGUAAUUGACACGAACCUG